AAAACGUACAAUAACAUGGACUGAAGCUUGAAGUUGAAGUUGAACUUGGACUUGCGCAUGUAUGCAGUUAACCACAAAUAUAAUAUAUAGUUUUUUGCUUGGAAAUAUAGAAAAGGGUAAAUAAGAUCUUGCAUUGCAGGUAUGGAGGGAGGAGAGGAAGAAUGCUUUUUCUUUUUCCUUCCUUUGUUUGCAUUAGAUUAGAGUACAUAAAUCCCUCUAAUCCUUUUCUCUCUUCUGACAAGGUCACAUGCACAUGAAGACAAGGCUAGACCCCACCCACAUACCCAUCUCACAUGGAUAUCUGGGAUACAAGCCUUGAGCAUUUCUAACCCACAAAAACACAUACAAACACAACCCAACAGCCUCAUACUUGACACAUAGUGCAUUCUCUUCUCUCUCUCUCUCUCUCUAUCUCUCUAGUAUAUAAUUAUAAUAUCUAUUAGUUUAGCCAAAUUAGUUUAGCCAAACUCUUUAGUGUUGACUCUCUCACCAGAUUGGUUUACACAUUUUAAUGAUAUAGCAACAUCUUCCUGUCUCUCCUGAGCUGUCUUUCCACUUGUUCCUCAAGGAAAAAUCUCGUCUUGGAUCUGCAGAGAUUCCUUUUUACAAACCGGUUUUGCAUAGGUUUUAGUUUCUUUUUAGGAAAAUUGAAGGUAAUGUUAGGUGUUGCUGGUUAAAAAGAAAAGAAAAAACUCUGGGUUCUGUUCUGUGUUUCGUUGUUGUAACUUGUAAUAUUAGUAAAAUGUUAAUGGGUCCCUCUCUCCGUUUUCUUUAGGCCCUUUGAUGGGAGACACUGUUUUGCCUGAUUUGUUUCUAUGAAACCAAACAAGUUUCUUUCUUUCCACUCAUUGGGUUUGUGAUAUUGUCUUCUGGGUAUGUUCCUUUUCCCUGUUGCGGAUUGAAAAGUUAUAGUUGUUUUGGGGGGAAACCCGUGAAAUACUCAAAAGCUUACUUACUUCAUCAGAAGUUUUGUCUUUAAUUUGUUUAUUUCCUUGGCGGGUUUUCAAGGAAGAUAAAGUUUAUUGCUUUGAGCUGUAGCUAGCAGAACUAAUUGGAUUUUCAGAGCAAUUGUGGAGUAGAUUAACUUGAUUUUGGCUGUAUUGGAUUUAAAAGAAUGAAUAAUGCAGUGUGCUUAAAUUAAGCUGCUUGUUUAUUACGCCAUUAAGAGCAGGAACUAUAGGAGGGCAAGUCAAGAUUUUCUUGGUACUUAAAAAAUUGGAUAUUGCCGUCAGAGGAAGUCAAGGUUAUUGAGGUGUGUGAAAUUCUUGAGUUACCCGAGAAUACCAAGCACAUUCAACUGCAAAUUUCUGAUAUUACUGAUUUUUGUGUCAGAACUCACAGAGAAGAGGUAUAUUUCUGAGUUAGGUUAGGUGUCUGAAAAAUUCCUGGUAUAGAGGUUGAGGUUUAUAAAUGGUCUUGAGAAUUGUAAAGCUUCAAAGACUGGUCCCAACAUUGUGGAAUAAACUCAAUUAUUUGUUUUUUUAGAUGGAGACUGAUAACGGUAUCAUCUGGUUUUAAGAAAGUUUGAGUAAGAGGAGAGUUUAAUUUUGUGAAAAUAGCGAAUUAAGAUGGCUGCUAAGCUUUUGCAUUCCUUAGCUGAUGAGAAUCCAGAUUUGCAAAAGCAAAUAGGAUGCAUGACUGGGAUUUUUCAGAUUUUUGAUCGUCACCCUGUUCUUACUGGGAAACGCAUUAGCCCCAAGAGACUUCCUCCUUCAGGAAAUUCCAGUUUAAGCAACAGUACUCUGGAAAGACAGUCUAAUAAUUUGCACUAUCAGCAGACUUCAGGAGAAGUGAAUUCAAACAAGGGUGUUAAUGAAAAGCAAAGAUUUUCUACAGAAUCGUCAAGAGCCUCUGUCUCAUCCUCUUGUUCAUCAGUAUCAUCUUUGGAAUGUAACAAAACAGCUCAACUGGAAGUUUCUUCAUUUGAUCGAAUUAUUUUCCAUGAAUCUUCAUCAAAGGAUCCGGUGAGGAACCAAUCAAGCACCUCUCCGCGGUUAGGGAGGCAGUCCCUUGAUCUCCGAGAUGUGGUGAAGGACUCUAUGUAUAGGGAAGCCCGGGGGUUAUCAGUUAGAACUGCAACCAAAGAGGAAGCAGCAGGAGGUCAUGGAGUAGAGCAUAGAGACUCCCCAAGGCCCUCACUGCUUUCCAAACAUGUGGAUGAAUCUAAUGGAGCAGGAAUUAGCAGAAAACGAAAUACACCAGUUGACCUGAAGGAGUCUCUUAAAGUUCUUGCUAAACUGAGAGAAGCUCCAUGGUAUUAUAAUGAUUCUAGAGAAGAUCCAAGAUCAUCAAACAAGUCUAAAGAUGGUUCGUGGCACUCAGCGUCAAAGGAUGCUCGUCGAUUUUCAUGUGAUGGAAGAGAAACAAACCGUCUAUCAUUUGAAUCACGAGAUUCCUUCAAAUCAACUGCUAAGCUAAAAGAGUCGCCGAGACUUUCAUUGGAUAGCAGAGAAUGUUCGGUACGAGGUUCCAACUUUGAUUCAAAACUACAUAACCUUUCAAAAAUUGCCAAGAGUAGUAGAAUGUUGAAUGAUAAAGACCCUAGUUUGCCGGAGUCAUCAGGAUCUCAAAACCGACCUCAUAGUGUUGUGGCAAAGUUGAUGGGCUUGGAUGCAUUGCCAGAUUCUACUUCAGCUGGGGAUGCUCAGUUGGGUUUGAUCAAAACAUUUCUAACUCAAGAUGGUGAUUUGUCCACAAGAUCACUUGCAACAAAUAAUCUUAGCAGGCCUAUUGGAGUUUCAAACUCCCCAAGAAACUUACAGAAAGAGCCAGCAUCACCACAAUGGAAGAAUGGUGACUUUGUCAUGAAGCCCAUUUCAAGUUCGAGGUUUCCAAUUGAACCAGCUCCAUGGAAAAUGCAAGAUGGAAAUAAAAGUUCUCAGAAAACUAGUUCCAGACCUGUAAAAGUACCAGCAAGGACUUCAAACUCCUUCCCAUCUGUUUAUAGUGAAAUUGAAAAGAGACUAAAAGAUCUAGAAUUUAAACAAUCUGGGAAGGAUCUCAGGGCUCUUAAACAGAUAUUGGAAGCAAUGCAAUCAAAGGGACUGCUAGACACCAGAAAAGAAGAACAAGAUUCUAAUUAUGGAGCUGAAGGGCACCAUGAAAAUGUUAGUCACAAUGUUAAUCAAAGGUCUGCUGACCAAAGAUAUUCACAGAGUACCCAUCUUAAUGGCUCCUCACAUAGAGGGCCUGGUUCCUCAAGGACCUUUGAAUCUCCGAUAGUGAUCAUGAAACCAGCUAAACUUGUUGAAAAAUCUGUUACAUCUACUUCGUCAGUAGUUUCUGCGGAUGGCCUUUCUGAGAUCAAUAAAUCUCAUAAUGGUGAAGCUGUAGAUGGUAAAAAGGUUCCAAAUAACAACCGAACGGCUCCUAAGGUCAAUCGUAGGGAUGCUGUUGUCACUUCUGUUGACAAGAGAGGAAGUGCCAGGAACACAAAAUCAGCUCAGUCUAGGUCCCAACAACUUCCAAUAGAAAACACUGCAACAUCAGUGAAGAGCUCAGCAUCUGUGAGCCCGAGACCGCAGAAGAAGCUUGAGAUGGAGAGACGAAGUCGUCCACCAACCCCUCCAUCUAAUUCAAACAAGCCUAGAAGGCAAACUAACAAGCAGUCAACAGACUCAGGUUCACCAGGUGGAAGAGCCAGGCCAAAGUAUCAUAACUCACAACAAUGUGAUGAUCAACUAAGUGAGAUAAGUAAUGAAUCAAAGUCUUUGAGUUGCCAAGGUGACAACAUAUCUCUGCAUUCAGAAGACAAUACGCUUCUGGACUCGAAAACAGACGUCGAAGUCACUAGUGUUCUACUAUCUGCUGACAUGAAUUGCAGUCUCAGUCCAUCCAUGAAGGUUGCCAAAUACUUGGAAUCUGGCUCAAUACAGAAGAAAGCAACUCCAAGGCUUGAUGAAGAAGAUUUAUUUGCAGAACUUGCCACAGUCGCACCCGAACAUCCUAGUCCUGUUUCUGUUCUUGAUACCUCUGCUUACAAAGAUGAUACCCCAUCUCCAGUAAGACAGAUAACAUCUGUACUCAAAGGUGAUGAAGUUGAGGAGUCCAAUGAAAUGAAAUCCUUAGAUCAAGAUCAAUGGAGCUCGCCUGAUAAAAGCACAGGGUCUGGCCCUACCUCUGAGAUCAAUCGCAAAAAGUUAGAGAACAUUGAAAACUUAGUUCAGAAGCUUAGACGGUUGAACUCCAGUCAUGAUGAAGCAAGGACAGACUACAUUGCAUCACUUUGCGAGAAUACUAAUCCUGAUCACAGAUAUGUUUCUGAGAUAUUGUUGGCUUCAGGCCUCCUACUCAGAGAUCUUGGAUCUGGCCUAUCAACACUACAUCUCCAUCGCUCGGGCCACCCCAUCAACCCUGAGUUAUUCUUUGUUUUGGAACAAACCAAGGCAAGCAGCCUGCAAUCAAAAGUAGAAGGCAGCCUUGUCAAUGCUGUCAAUGCUAAAUCAGACAAGGAGAAACUUCACAGAAAGCUGAUAUUCGACGCUGUUAAUGAUAUUCUUGUUGAGAAGUUGGCAUUGGCUGGCGAGUCAUAUGAACCAUGGCUAAGGAUGAAGAAACUAGCAAAGAAGACACUCAAUGCACAAAAGCUUCUCAAGGAGUUGUGUUUUGAGAUUGAAACAUUCCAAACCAAAAAAAUAAACUUCAGCUUAGAGGCUGAGGAUGAUGGCUUAAAAAACAUCUUGUGGGAGGAUGUUAUGCAUCGCUCAGAUAAUUGGACAGACUUUUCUGGUGACAUUUCUGGAGCAGUCUUAGAUAUUGAGCGCUCCAUUUUUAAGGACUUGGUAGAUGAGGUUAUUAAGGGAGAAGCAGCCAAUUUGGGAGCCAAGCCAGGACGGCGACGGCGAAAGCUGUUCUCAAAGUAAUGCUCAACUGCAUGUUUUUUUCUUCUUCUUCUAUUCCGCUUUGUCAUUGUGAUUGUUCUCUUUUUCUUUCUGCUGACAAGGAAGUGUAAUAAUCUACGUGUAAGAACAACUACUGCUCUCUGCCAUGGAUUUGUAAAGAAGUUAACACUGAAAAUUUUACAAUAGAUUCGUUCAGGAUCAAUUAUAUAAUAUGAUGAGACCACAUAUCUUGACAA